AGAAAACGAACAGCAAACUCAAACGUGUAACACUGGUUGCACCACGAGCUUCCUGACGAAAAAGUGUUUUGAAUUUUGUUUUUCUAAGCUCUGCUACUCGAAUGUCUAUCUACUAUCAUAAACCAACUGAUAAACACCAACUUUCUUCGACAGGGGAGAAAAUCGUAUGGAUUCCCAGCUAUAUUUAUUAGGAUACUUUCGACGAAGGUAACCAGGUAACUUGCUCACACCCCCGUGACACCCCCAUUUUGGCCGUUAGAGACCUGGUACCAUUACAUGAGUCCUAUCCUUUCGCAACUUGGUAAGUUGGUAGUCUUUGUUCGCAACGUUUGCCCUUUUAGUGAUCUAAUUAUCGUUGUUGAACCUAACCGUUAUUUAAGGUACCGCUUAACUAUAGUUUUUUGUCUUCAGGCUCCCCUUUCAUCACAAGAUUUGUGCAUAUAUCCAUCAGGACCCUCGCUGGCCGAAAAUGGCGCUGGAACAGGUCUCGAGUGCAAAAUGCUUUGGCGGAUUCCAGAAGGUUUUCAAGCACAAAAGUUCAGAACUGAAGUGUGACAUGAACUUUGCAGUCUAUGUUCCUCCUCAGGCCGAAAAAGAGAAAGUUCCUGUUUUGUAUUGGCUGUCAGGCCUAACAUGCACUGAACAAAACUUCAUCUCAAAGGCUGGGGCGCAACGUACCGCAUCUGAACACGGUGUUCUGAUUGUGGCUCCUGACACAAGUCCUCGAUCAUGUGGUAUCGAAGGUGAAGAUGACAGCUAUGACUUUGGAACUGGUGCAGGGUUUUACCUUGAUGCAACAGAGGAGAAGUGGAAGACAAAUUACAGAAUGUUUUCCUACGUCACAAAAGAGCUCCCAGCUUUGAUUCAGAGUAACUUUCCAGUUCUACCAGACAAGCAGUCAGUUUUUGGCCACAGCAUGGGUGGACAUGGAGCUCUAAUUUGUUUCCUUAAAAACCCAGGAUUUUACAAGGUAGGUAAAUUUGUAUGUCGCAUAUAGAUAAAAUGGUUAAUUCAUA